GCGACUAGCAAACAAACUAGAGUAUAAAUUGUCGUUCAGCAUAGCAGCUAAAUAUCAGUUUCUCUCUAGCGCUGCUAAUAAGUAAACCAUCACGUUUUCCACUAUGUUCAAAUUCGUUCUACUGCUCGCACUGGUAGCUGCUGCCUUCGCUCACUGGGAAAGUGACCACGAACAGAAAGAUUACCACUCCCACCCGAAGUACAAGUUCGAGUAUGGCGUCAAAGAUUUCAAGACCGGCGAUAACAAAGAUCAGUGGGAGCAUCGGGAUGGAGACGUCGUGAAGGGUCAGUACACGCUGCAGGAACCGGACGGCACGAAACGGAUUGUGGAAUACACCUCCGAUAAGCACGGUGGUUUCCAGGCUCACGUAAAGCGAGUGGGACAUGCCCAUCACCCGCAGAUUUAUGGCCAUCAUGAGGGAGGACACGGAGGAGAAUCUUCGUAUGGGGAUCACGGCCACGGUCAUGGUCACGCCAGCAGCUAUGCCAAUUUGUACCUGCAUUCGCACCAUUGAUGCUGAUGAUGCGAAAAAUAUUUAUUUAAAGAUGCCAAGUGGGAAAUCAAAUCGCCAAGGAACAGUUUAGUUCAGUUGUGCACAGUAAUAGGUUGUAAUUUUUCAUACAAAAGCUAUUUGAAUAGAAGAUGGUCGUCAAUA